GAGGGACAUCGAGUGUUUCCCGAGGGUAGGCUAGUCUCUGAUCAGGGAGACACGGGGGAACAGUUAAACCUCUAGAGCCGAUGCUCCAUCUCCCGUACCGGCAGGUCCUCAGGGCAGUGCCGUUCUGGUGAGGACCCAGAAAGGAUGGAGCCCUCUGGACCCCAUAGCGUUCUCUAAAGUCAGACUUACGCUAGCUGCUCGGAGUUGCCCACAGCACGAGGGACGGGAGCAUGAGUGUGUCAGCCACAUGAAAGAGACCUUUGGGAAAGGGGAAGGAAGGCUGGGCGCACCAAGGUGACCGGUCUGAACACUGGUCUCCGAGGGCACCGAGAAAAACAGGCACCAGAUGGGAACGGUGGCGUGUGGAUGGAUAACCAGGGACGUCUUGGACCUAAAACCUGACUACAGAUCUUUAAGAGACACCGAUUUUGGACCAGGCAGGAGGCACCUGAGGGCAAGGAGCUGGUGAAUCAGAUCUAACAGGGAUGCAUUAAACGACGUCAGGGCCUGCCUGGUUCGGGGGAUUCCGACACCCCCAGACGGCUCCAGGAUAGAACAAUUGGGGCAAGGCAGCGAGGAACCCGGACACAAAGCCCGAGGAGCGAGCCGGGAAGCGCAGCAUGAAAGGGCAGCAAUGGUUCGCUGAGCUGGAGCAUCCGGCCGUGAUUCUCUCCGGGUGUGGACGGGGGUCUACAUUGCGGGCCAGCGAUAUGGUGCUGGAGCCCAGCUCAGUGUGGACCAAGACUCCCUGAAACGCUGACGCAGGGAUUUGACCGGGGAGAGGACUCCGAGCAGGGCGUGGGGCGAUGCCCGCGGGGGCUCCGGGUCGAGGGGCACUCCAGUUUCACUGGGUAGAGUCGGGCCUGCCCAAGCCGCCCCCCAGCCCCCCCAUUCCUCUUGUUUGUCUCCAAGUCCGGCCGGAACCGGCUUCUGCUCGCCGGGGGGCGGGCGGGUAGCUGCUGAUUGGUCAAGGCCUGUUUCCAGCCCCACUCAGCCAAUCAACGGGCAGCAGUGUUUUUCAUCUUAGGGUAGGAAUAAAAGGGCUGGAAAUAAAGGGGACAGAAAAGGCGCCGGGCGGGCCCGAUACACACCGCUAGGAACCGGGUGAGCUCGACUCCCGAAAUCCGGGCCCCAGGCGAGGGUACGGGAACCUGCAGCUGCUCACAGGCGGGGUUGGAAGGAAGGUGCCUGUCUGCAGAGCCAGAGCUGGGCUACAGCCGCCACACCGCACCAUGGCGCCCACCCUGGCCACUGCCCAUCGGCGCCGCUGGUGGAUGGCCUGCACGGCUGUAUUGGAAAAUCUCCUCUUCUCUGCAGUCCUCCUGGGCUGGGGCUCGCUGCUCAUCAUGCUCAAGUCGGAGGGCUUUUACUCCUACCUGUGUACGAAGCCAGAGAAUGUCACCAAUAGCACAGUCGGGAGCACUGCAGAGCCAGAGCUCGAGGAGGUGAGCCUGGUGAACGGCUGGCUCAGCUGCAAGGCCCAAGAUGAGAUUCUAAAUUUGGCAUUCACUGUGGGUUCCUUCCUGCUCAGUGCCAUCACCCUGCCUCUGGGCAUCAUCAUGGACAAGUAUGGUCCAAGGAAUCUCAGGCUACUGGGCAGUGCCUGCUUUGCGGUCUCCUGCUUGCUGAUUGCAUAUGGAGCGAGUAACCCAGACUCGCUCUCUGUGCUCAUCUUCAUCGCCUUGUCUCUGAAUGGCUUUGGGGGAAUGUGCAUGACAUUCACUUCAUUAACCCUUCCCAAUAUGUUCGGUGACCUUCGAUCUACGUUUAUUGCCUUGAUGAUUGGAUCCUACGCUUCCUCAGCAGUUACUUUCCCAGGAAUCAAGCUCAUCUACGAUGCUGGUGCCUCCUUUAUUGUCAUCCUGGUGGUUUGGGCUGGCUGCUCUGGCCUGGUCUUCUUCAACUGUUUCUUCAACUGGCCGCUAGAGCCCUUCCCAGGACCAGAGGACAUGGACUACUCGGUGAAGAUUAAGUUCAGCUGGCUGGGCUUUGACCACAAGAUCACAGGGAAGCAGUUCUACAAGCAGGUGACCACAGUGGGGCGCCGCCUGAGCGUGGGCAGCUCCAUGAGGAGCGCCAAGGAGCAAGCUGCGCUGCAGGAGGGUCACAAGCUGUGCCUGUCCACUGUCGACCUGGAGGUGAAGUGCCAACCUGAGGCCGCAGCUGCCCCCUCGUUCAUGCACAGUGUGUUCAGCCCCAUCCUGCUGCUCAGCCUGGUCACCAUGUGUGUCACACAGCUGCGGCUCAUCUUCUACAUGGGGGCCAUGAACAGCAUCCUUGAGUUCUUGGUCAGCGGUGACCAGAAGACAGUUGCCCUCUAUACGUCCAUCUUUGGCGCGCUCCAGCUGCUCUGCCUGCUGACAGCUCCUGUCAUCGGCUACAUCAUGGACUGGAAGCUAAAGGAGUGUGAAGAUACUUCUGAGGAGCCUGAGGAGAAAGACACCACUCAAGGUGAAAAGAAGCAGAAACGAGACAGGCAGGUCCAGAAAAUCACUAACGCCAUGCGGGCCUUCGCCUUUACAAACGUGCUACUGGUGGGCUUUGGGGUGACCUGCCUCAUUCCUAGUUUGCCUCUACAGAUCUUCUCCUUCGUCCUGCACACAAUUGUGCGAGGAUUCAUCCACUCUGCAGUAGGGGGCCUAUAUGCUGCUGUGUACCCCUCCACGCAGUUCGGUAGCCUCACGGGACUGCAGUCUCUAGUCAGCGCGCUCUUUGCCCUCCUGCAGCAGCCGCUGUUUCUGGCCAUGAUGGGUCCUCUUGGAGGAGAUCCUCUGUGGGUGAACGUGGGUCUACUUGCCGUGAGCAUGCUAGGCUUCUGCCUGCCCCUUUACCUGAUUUGCUACCGGCGCCAGCUGGAGAGGCAGCUUCAACAGAAGCGGGAAGACAGCAAGCUGUUCCUUAAGGUCAAUGGCUCAAACAACCGGGAAGCUUUCGUGUAGUGCCCACCACCUCAGCUGUGGUCGACUGCCUGUGCUUCAGUGACUGACCGCUGUCAUCUCCCCGCCCCAGAGGAUCCCAUGCGCUCCCUGGAUCCUGCCCUUCACCAUGCCGGAGCCCCGUACUUCCUCACAAAGCCCUGGCCCUGCUGUGGAGUGCUGGUGUGGAAGGACAAGAGAGGGCCCAGACAAAUGAACCUCCCACUGCCAGAAACUGGGCUGGCCUGGCCUAGCUGUCACCCCAGGAGCUCUGGGGUCUUGGAUCUCCAUGGGGCCUAUACCUGGAGCCAAGGAGAGCCCCCAGCAAGCAGGCUCUCCCUCACUGAUCUGGAUUCUGCCUCUUGCCAAAGCAGAGGGGCCUGCCAUCCUCUACCCACACUACCUGUCCCUGAGCUGCAUGCCCACCAGCCACGCCUACCUAAGGACAAAGGCUUGCACUGUCUGCACUCCCCUAGCCUGGCCUUUUACCUCCCCUGACCGUCUGUGGCUGCCUGAGGAAGGAAGGACCCGCUUCCUGUUGUUGGUGCUAACCCCUUUGUAAUCCCAAUGCUCCCGCCCCCCCUCCCCCGCGCUCCAUCACCCCCCCAGUGGCUAGUCCCUGGCCUGUCUUUUCCUUGAAGGCCUAUGGAGAUGCCCCCCACCCCCGCCCUGUCUCAGUCUGGGGAAGGGAUGAAGGACGGAAUAGUUAACAAAGCCUCAGGAAUCCUGGGCAAGGCUUAUUCCUUAUACUGGGAGAAUACAUUUCUACUGCCGCCCUUGUUCCAGCCUGCAACCUGAAGGGAGCUAAGGGGACAUCACAAGGGAAGGUCACCCUUCCACCCACACACAGCUGUUUUUCUGGGGUGGAAAUAAGGCGGUGACUGCCAGACAUGGAGAGCCAGGCCUAGCAAGUAACGGGGGUGUGUGUUUGUGUGUGUGUGUGUACAUGUGCAUAUGUGGUAGAGGGCACCCCCAGGGGCUGCUUUUAUGAGAGUGGACCAGACCAGAAGCCAGCCAGGCCGGCAGCAGGCUCAAGAUGGGAGAGUCAACCUUGCUUUAUGAUGGGGACCUUGUAUGUGGCCGUGUGGUCACAGUGCCCCCUGCUGGCAGACUCUUAACAGGGCACUGGAGCUGUUUGUGUGGGGAAAGCCUAGCUGGCCUGCCUGGCUCAAUAACCCAAUUACCUUGACAGCCCCUAGAGACCCUGUCUGAGACUUCUUGGGUGCCAAGAGGGGUGAAUUAGUUUUUUUAAAAAAGUCUACUGUUUUCUUUUAAGUUGCAUCAGAAUUCUUCUUAUGAAGCAAUAAAUCCAUUUUCCUGUUGGUAAUGGAUGACCCUC